CUAUUGAAAUAAUUAUUGAUUUUUCAGUAAUGAUUUCAAAUGAAUCAAUGAAUUUAAAACAAGUCAUAGAAAUGGCAAACAAUAUAUGAGAUGAUAUAUUAUCAACAAAUACUGACCACUGUUUAAACGCUACAAACAAUCAAAUUGAUUAAUGAUAUGAUGGAUAGUAAUGGUGUUAAUAGUGAUGACAGUCAUAGUGACAGUCAUACAGACCAAAGACAAGAAAGUAUUUGCCAAAAGUUGCCGACCGUUGAAGUGGACGAACAACAAGAAAGACAACAUUUUUAUCAUAUCGUCAAUUGCUUCAGGAGUUACAAACUCAAUGGUUUUUGUCGGGUUUCUAAAGCUUAUCAUUAUCUCAAUUCACUCAACGAUAGACACAAACAAAUGUUGACCACUUAUAAGACACACUUAGAAAAUAUAUCUAAAUGUAUUGAACAUAACUUCACAAUCAUUGAGUUGAUCAUUGAGGACAUCUCCAGUUUGUUUGAAAACAUUGAUUAUACCACCGCUUCUAACGUGACUCAUGAAGAUAAUAUUGAUUUCAAGACUUUCAAACGUCAACCGGCAUUAGAUUCAGAUAAAGUAAACUCUGUUUUUAAACAAUUGGUUCGCGAGUGGACUGAUGAGGGAUAUAAUGAAAGAAGAACCUGUUUUGAGCCAAUUCUGAAUGAAAUCGAAGAAUAUUUCAAUUAUAAUGACGACCGAAGUAGUGUACACGUGUUAGUUCCCGGCGCAGGAUUAGGAAGAUUGCCGUUUGAGAUCGCGAAACGUGGCUUUACGUGUCAGGGAAAUGAAUACAGUCUAUUCAUGUUAAUCACAUCUAACUUCAUAUUAAACAAAUGCAAAGACAAAUAUAUUCACACAUUUUAUCCGUGGGCUCAACACUUCACUAAUAAUGUCCGAUCAGCUGACCAGUUGACUGCAGUUCGCUUUCCGGACAUCAAUCCAUCUGAUUUGACGCCAAACACUGACUUUUCAAUGGCUGCCGGAAAUUUCACAGAAAUAUAUACAGAAGCCAAUAGUUGGGAUUGUGUGGCCACCACUUUCUUUAUUGAUACGGCCAGUAAUGUCGUUGAAUAUAUUGACACCAUUUGGAAAAUUCUUAAACCGGGUAGCAUUUGGGUCAAUAUCGGGCCUCUUCUGUGGCACAAUUCGGCUGAGUUUUCAGACAAUGACUCAUUGGAACCGAGUUAUGAAAUAAUACGGGAAAUCAUUGUUGAAAUUGGAUUUGAAAUGAUAAAAGAGAUGACAAAUGUUAGCUCUUAUUAUACACAAAACCCGCACUCAAUGUUGGCCUAUGAAUAUCGUUCUGUAUUUUUUGUUUGCAAAAAACCUAUUUCUUAACACUUAAUUUAAGUA